UAUUACGGGUACAUUUGGGAGAAAUAACGUGUAAUACAUAGCUAGUAUUGGCCAGAGAGUUACUCUUACCAUGUGCUUAUAAUAUCUGACUUUAUGGGUCCUUGACGGCACAAGGACUUUUUCUUCUCUCGGUCUGCCUCGAAACGAAUCUACUUGACCCAAAAUAAGGAAAGCGCGUUGGUUAGCAAGGCGUCAGCAGCAGCAGCGUUUCUUCUGCGGAUUGUAUCGGCAACUUAAUCAUGAUUGUAUUUUUUUGUUAAACACAGGUAUAAUUUAGUUAAACAAUAGUUCAAAUAUGUCGCAUAGAAGAGGGGCUCUAAUAGUACUGGAAGGUGUGGACCGGGCCGGAAAGACUACGCAGUGCAAGAAGCUUGUCCAGGCGCUCCGGAAGAGUGGUCGACCCGUUGAAAUGUUAAGAUUCCCUGAUCGAACUACAAAGAUAGGUCAGCUGAUCAGUGCAUACCUGGAGAAGAACUACAACUUGGAGGAUCACGCUGUGCACUUGCUUUUUUCUGCCAACCGCUGGGAACUUGAGCCUCUGCUGAGGCAGAAAUUAGAGCAGGGCGUCAGUCUGGUGGUGGACAGGUACGCCUUCUCAGGCGUGGCAUUCACCAGUGCCAAGCCGGGCUUCAGUCUGGAGUGGUGCAUGAACCCAGAUGUUGGCCUGCCCAAGCCAGACCUGGUGCUGUACCUGCAACUGAGCCCUGAGGUGGCAGCACAGCGGGGAGAGUUCGGGGCAGAGCGCUAUGAGACCAGCGACUUCCAGAGGACUGUGUUACAGAGGUACCAGCAUUUCAAGAAGGACCCCUCCCUCAACUGGCAGGUAAUUGAUGCCGCCAAAAGUAUAGAGGACGUGCACACAGAAAUCAAGACACACAGCGAAAUGGCCAUUGAAGCAGUGCAAUACCAGCCCAUCGCAGAGCUGUGGAAGGGAGACUCUGCCAAUCAGGCAACAGAAGAAAACCCUUGA